GCGCCGCCGCCGCCGCCAUGGACAUGGCCGCCUUGGAGCGCCUCCGGGCCGAGAGCAAGCUCCACGAUGCGCUCAUGCGGCUCGAGGAUGCGGAGGAGACCGACGACGACGAGGAGGAGAGGGGCGCGGAGGAGACCGACGAGCUCGCCUGCCCCUUCUGCGGCGACGAGUUCGACGGCGUCGGCCUCUGCUUGCACAUCGACGACGAGCACCAAGUGGAGACCAAGGCCGGGGUUUGCCCUGUAUGCACAGAUAGUGUGGGGAUGGACUUGAUUGGGCACAUGACCUUGCAGCAUCCCACUUUCUUCAAGCCUAGGUGGAGAAGCCGCCGAGUUUCAUCUGGGUCACAUUCUUCAACAUAUUCUGCAUUGAAAAAGGAUGCAGCGUACAUACAAUACCGUUAUGGUGGAUCCUCUCGUGCCGCCUCGUUCAAUACAGUGCCUGAUCCUCUACUCUCCUCCUUUGUCGGUGGCUUCAUUGAUGAAGAUGUGCCAAAAGAUGCACAAGAGGAGUUCUUGGAUCAAGUUAUUGAGAAAAGUGAGUCCUUGGAGCAGAAAGCACCAGAAAGUGUUGAGGAGCCUUUGCUCCCUGAGGUGAAGGAGGAGAGAACCAGGAGGAGCCAAUUUGUGCAGGGGCUAGUGCUGUCCCUGAUGUUUGAUGACAUCUUGUGAAGACUGUCUUGUUAGAAUUGAUUGAGAAGGCAGCUUCUUGCUUCACCGAACAAUAACUAGCGCAAGUAGCUGCCUUUUGCUGCCAUUAAAAACAGAUGGCAACAUUGUUGUGGGGUUAUGAGAAGAUGACUGUUGUGAAUAUGGAUGGUCCUUAGUAUGUGCGCUGGGUGUCGCAUGAAUAAUAAGAUAAUAUGUAUAGCUUAGUGGUAAUUUUAUGACUACCAGAGAUGUUGUCAGGGGGCUCCUGUGGCCCUGGUUGUAUGUAUAAUUGGGAGGCUCAACGACUGCCGAAAUGAACUGGUCCUCUUUAUUUGCAGACCUCA